AUGUCCGCCUGGCUGGCCCACCUCUCCGAGAUGUUCAGGGCCGACCCGCACAUCGACGAGUACGAGGUGCUCCCGCAGGUGUCCGCUGCCCUGUUCGGCAGCCCCGACGGCGACGCUGCCGACCGCGGGUGCCUGUGCAUGGAGCACAAGCUCGCCAUCUCGGCGGAGGCCGCGCUCGUGAUCUACCGCCACGCCUACAGGGCGAUGCUGGCGGCGCGCGCAGCGCGCGGCCCCGCCGCGGACGAGGCUGCGGGCUUGGCGGCGCUCGAGGCGGCCUCGCGGGCUGUGCUGCUCUGCAGCGCCGACUGCGCGGAGGGGUGGGCCUGCCGCGAGGAGACCCCAUCUUUGAACCACCGAGCGGAGAGCGAGCUGCGGUUCAGCUCGCUGGUGCUGCGCACCAACCACAAGAGCGGGGAGGCCUGGGCGUUUCGGCGGCACCUCCUGUCCAGCUCGUGGGGCGCGCUGCCCGCAGAGGGCGCCCUGCAGUUGCUGACCACGGAGGUGUCCUUCGUGGAGGAGGUGGCCAAGAGGUACGAGCACCACUACUACGCGUGGAACCACUGGGCCUGGCUCCAGCUCGUUGGUGGGCCUCCCAGCCGCGGCCUGGCGCAGGGCUUCCCAGAGCUGGCACGCGCAACGCCUUCGCACUAUGGGCCCUUCCACCACCGCGUGGUCCGCCUCCGGGAGCUGCUGUCCCCUCCCUCGGCCGGCCGCGGGGCCGUGCGCGCGGCCCACGGGCCGCAGGGCGAGCCCGGCGAGGAGAACGCUGCCCCGCGCAGCGAGGAGCGCCGAGGCGAGCCCGGGGAGCCAUCGGCGCAGAGGCUCUCCCUGGCGCCCCCCGGGCUGGACGCGUACGCCGCCGAGCGCCGGCUGGCCGCGUCGCUGCUGGCGACCCUCCCGCACCUCGAGGCUCCCUGGGCCUUCCUCCUGCAGCUCUUCGCCGCGCUGCUGGAGGCCGCCGAGGCCGCGGGCGGCGGGAGGCCCUCGGCCGCGGCGGUCGACGGCCUCGCGGACGUCUGGAGGUCCGAGAUGGCCUUCGCGGCGGACCGCCUGGGCUCAUGCGAGGCGCACCUCUUGCAGGAGCUCGCCCUGAGCCUGCGGCUCUGGCAGGGGACCCCCGCGGCCGCGGCCCCGCCGGCGGGCGGCGCGCAUGGAGGACCCCAGCGGGCCUGUGGGCCGGAGCUGGUGGCAGAGGCCUUGGCGACCCUUGGCGUCCUGGAGGCAGAGCGCGCCGCGGCCCCCGCCGUGCUGGCCAGCGUCCGCGGAGACCUGACGCGCCUCGGCGCGGCCGCGUGAGCCGCGGCGGGUCUCCAGCGAGCGGCGGAGGGCCGCGCGCGGAUGAGCGGGAGGAGACGAGUGAAGCAGCGGCUGCCCUCGAGCGGCGGAGGGGCUGCUCACGGCUGGCGGCGUCGGUGCCUCUUUCGCUGUCUGCCGAGGCGUGACGUGAGGCGUGUUGGGCCGCAGCCGAGGGGAGGCACCCGCCGCGCGUCUCGGUUCCCGCGGGCCGCUUCCGGGGCGGUGGGCACGUGCAGCAGUCCCAAUUGGCCUGCUCCCGCGAACUUCAGGUGAGUUCCCGGUCUUGGCGAGGACCUCCAGUGUGCGGGGGCGCGUGCAGCUGAGGGACUGGC